UAGGAUGCAUCCUCUAUGGGGAGUGCAUUCGGAUCCGAACGAGGACCAGUCGUCUUAUCGGGCGCGAGCAGCUCGUACCUUUUGGAGGCCAGCUGCUCCAUCCAUCCUACGAGAAGAAGUGGUGGGCGCCUGCUUUUUUGAGCACCCACGGUACACCGUGCGUUAUCAUCGCAAGGUCAUUCUCGAACGCGCGUCAAUUUUCGGCCGCUAGCUGCCUGUUUUGCAUGUGCGUCUAACCAGAGAGGAUGGAGCGGAUAGACAAGUCCAUCGACGGCCUCCAUAGGGCCUCUAUUUGGGGCUUUCAGGCUGGAAUUGUGGCGUACGUGUUGACCACCGUGACCGGUUUUCUGCGAAUUACUUCGAUCUGCCCGUGUUUGGCGUUCGUGUUAUUCUUCCUGAUCGGAACAGCCGUUGCAGCACUCAUCGCCACACUUGAGAUAAAACCAGAGGGUAAAGCUGUUCUUGUGACCGGUUGCGAUUCUGGAUUUGGCUACCACCUUGCUCUGAGGUUGCAAAAAUUGGGAUUUGUGGUGUUCGCCGCGUGCCUCAACAAAAAUGGCGAAGGAGCGAAAAAGCUGUUAAAGGAGUCUGAAGACAAAGUGAUCCCGGUGCAGAUGAACGUGAUUUCCGACGAUGAAAUCGAAACAGCCUUUGACGAGAUUUCUGAAGAACUCGGCAAAAGGAAAAUUAACGGUCUGUGGGGAUUGGUGAACAACGCAGGUCUGAGCACCUUUGGCCACAUCGAAUGGAUAUCCGAGAACGACUCGCGCAAAGUAGUGGAGGUGAACACCUGGGGAGUCGUCAAAGUGACCAGGGCGUUUCUGCCUUUGAUCAGGAAAGCAUCUGGUCGCGUGGUAAAUGUGACCAGCGCCCUCGGACGCUUCUCCGCGAUCGGCCGCUCCAGCUACGGAAUGACAAAGCACGCCAUCGAGGCCUUCUCCGACGUGCUGCGUUUUGAAAUCAGGCGCUUUGGGGUCAGCGUCAGCAUUGUCGAGCCAGGAAAUUUCAUUGCAGCAACCAGUCUCUACUCUAUGGAUGCUGUCAAGGAUCACGCUAGCAGAAUGUGGAACGGAAUGAGUGACGAACUGAAGAACGCCUACGGAGAGGACUACUUUAACCGGGUCUUCGAAAACAUGGUCAACUACACAACCAAAGGGCCCACCGACCUCGAACCUGCUUUGGUUUGUUUGACUCAACCCCUGGUACAGACUUUUCCUGCUCCCAGGUAUCAGCCAAUGGAACUUGACUGGAAAAUCAGGUGUCUGGUCCAAACACACCUACCGGAGUGGAUCUACGAGCGACUGUACAUCCAGUGAGAGGAAUUAACAAUUUAUCUAGAACAAACGUCAAAAGAUUGCGGACUGACUUCAAAACGUGUAGGAGAGAAAAAAACAUAGUGCCAUUAUAAUUAAAAUUGCUCGGCAGCUAUUUGCA